UCCCUUCCUCAUCAUCCAACAACACUUGUGAUCCAUGGCUGAGGUCCAAGAAUAUAUGAUUUUCUUGCUCAUUUCCCUUAUUUCCGUUGUUCUACUCCGAGCAUUUUUAAAGAAACGAUCUUUUCCACGCCUUCCUCCAAGCCCUCUAGCCUUGCCGAUUAUCGGUCAUCUUCAUCUUCUUGGCCCAAUAGCUCACCAAGCUUUUGCUAAGAUCUCAUCGCGAUAUGGACCCUUGAUUCACGUAUACCUUGGUUCGGUUCCUUGCGUGGUUGCUUCAUCGCCUGAGAUUUGUAAAGAAAUCCUUAAAACACACGAAGUUUCUUUCUUAGGUAGACCUAAAACAGUUGUGUCCGACUAUGUAACUUAUGGCAGUCAGGACUUCACAUUUGCACCUUACGGAGAUUACUGGAGGUUCAUGAAGAAACUGUGCGUGUCUCAGCUUCUUGGCGGACAAACGCUGGACAUGCAGCAGCCCAUCAGGCGCGAUGAGAUGAAGUACCUGAUUGAGUUUUUGUUAGAAAAGGCAAAAGCUGGCGAGUCCGUUAAUAUGGGAAGUGAGUUCACUAGAAUGGCAAACAAUUUGAUAUCAAGAAUGGUGAUGAGUCAAAGGUGUUCUGAAGAUGAAAAGGAAGCUGUGGAAGUCAGGAGACUUGUCCUGGAAAUCAAUGAGCUUACAGGGAAAUUUAAUUUAUCAGACUACAUUUGGUUCUGCAAGAAUUUGGAUUUGCAGGGAAUCAAAAAGCGGUUGAAAGUGCUCCACCACAGGCUUGAUGUAAUGAUAGAGAAGAUCAUAGAUGAACAUCAAAAAGAAAGAAGGAAUUUGAAGCAGAGAAAUAAGGAAGGGGAAGUUGCAAAAGAUCUGCUUCACAUUUUACUUGAUAUUGCUGAGGAUGAAAGCUCAGAGAAGAAACUAACAAGAGAGAAUAUCAAGGCUUUUAUCGUGGACCUGUUUAUAGGUGGAACUGAUACAUCAGCACUCUCACUGGAGUGGGGAUUAGCAGAGCUGAUAAACCAUCCAAACGUCCAAGAGAUUGAUUCUGUCGUGGGAAAAGACAGAAUCGUCCAAGAAUCAGACCUCCCCCGCCUCCCAUACCUUCAUGCCAUUGUCAAAGAAACACUAAGGCUUCAUCCCCCAGCUCCACUUAUUCCAAGGGAGUCGACUGAAGACUCCACCAUUUCCGGCUACCAUAUCCCGGGCAAGACUCGACUGUUUGUAAGCAUUUGGGCCGUGGGGAGGGAUCCUAAGUACUGGGAAGACGCGCUCGAGUUUAAGCCAGAAAGGUUUCUUCAGGAGGACGGGAGUGCAAAAGGGCAGUUGGAUGUUAGGGGACAAAAUUAUCAUUUCCUGCCAUUUGGGACUGGUCGAAGAGGCUGUCCUGGAACUUCAUUGACAUUGCUUGUUGUUCAGACAGCGUUAGCUGCCAUGAUUCAGUGCUUUGAGUGGAAGGUUGAGGGGGGGAAUGGCACUGUGGAUAUGGAAGAAGGGCCUGGAAUAACCCUAGCAAAGGCUCAGCCUCUGGUUUGUUCCCCAGUGGUCAGACUCAAUCCGGUUCCAGCAAUAUAAUUUUCAUUACAAAGUUAGACGUUAAUAAGAGAAAGAAUCGAAAGAUUCUCAGUAUUUCUUACCACAUGAAAUCCUAUUUAUAAACGCUCUGUCAAAGACCUGCAUCUGCUUUGUAUGGGUGAACUUUUGCCAGUGAUCAACCUCAGUUGUAUUUUUAUGGUUGUCCUUUUUUGAAGUAAAAAUAAUGAAUUAUUAUUUUUUUAGGAAUAAA